AUGAUGGAGCACAUCCGAGCAGCCAGCAGGAGGGCCUUGAACGCUGGGCCCUCGCCGAGGAUGGAACCGGGACGGCAACUGAUCAACCGAUUCAGCAAGAUAGUCGCUGCAGAGCCGGACCCGCCCCCCAGCGCCACGCCCCGUCCAGUGAUCCCCCCUCUGCGCACAGUAGAAACGGUGGGGACUGUCACAAGAGUGCAAGCAGAGGGCCAGGGCAAUCUCUUCCAAAAGGGGGUGGGCUUCGUCAAGGCCAUUGUCCCCUUCUUUCAGUGGGGUUUGUCCUUUGAACAGCUCCUCCCACUCUUUGCCUUCACGAGUGUCAUCGUUGCACUGUGUGUGAUGUACUUACGGAAGAGGUCACGAGACCGCAGGAUCUCGCCGUUCGUGCCGAUAGACCUCCCAGCAUAUUCGCGGGCCAGGGACGACCCUUUCGUCACUACAUCAAACAAGACGCACUCAGAGCUGGCAGCAGGAGAGGCCUUGGCGAUAGGCUUUGUAGAACCAGUCACAGUUAAACGGGACAUCAUGUUCCGGUCUGGAAGACUACCGUAG